GCAGAAGGUGGCGAUUUUGAAGUACUGGAGCUUCUCAAUCAAUUGGAUGGUUUCAAGUCCACAGAGAACAUGAAGGGUGCCGCCGUAGAUAUAUUGGAUUCUGCACUUCUUCGUCUGGGACGCAUUGACCGAAAGAUCGAAUUCCCUUCCCCUGGCCCAGAAACUCGUGUCAGCAUUCUUAAAAUCCACUUUUGCAAGUUAUUCUUAGAUAUCAGUGCAAUGCGGUAUCGACUCACCGAGAAAAUGGGCCAGUGCUCAGGCGCCAAAGUGCGCAGUAUAGGUACAGAAGCAGGUAUGUACGCAUUGCGGGAGCGGCGGCAACAUGUUACGCUGGAAAUUUUUGAGUUCGCUAUUGCAAAGGUGCUCAAAAAGAACCAGGAGGGUAAUAUGUCGGUCAACAAGUUGUUCUCAUGA